UUCAUCUCUUACCACCACCAUCUCCUUCCUGUCGACGACGACCACCAUCUCCCAAAUCUCUCCCUCUUUCAGAUCGCUCUUUUUGCUGUCUAAUUCUUGCACUCCCCAUCUUUCCAUUCACCUGUCCACUAAACUCAACUCGCUGCUUGCUGUCACUCGCUGUCACUAACCGGCAAUGAUUCGUCAACUACCACGGGCGUUCUCUCGCCAUUCAAGGGCGCUCCAACAUGCUCGUCUCUCAGCGCCAAUCCGCAUGUAUGCCACUCCUACAAGCACACCUACGCCUCCGAAGAAAGAUGACAAGAUAGCAGAUGGGAACCAGCCUCCUUCCUCCACUUCUCCUUCCUCCGCCGAGGAACCAACAAAGCUCAACGAAGCCAAGGAAGCCGAAGCAUCCAAAUCCGACUCCAAGGUAGAUGCUCAGAAAGUUGAUGAGCCGGAGAAGAAAGUCGACCAACCGGUGGAGAAAAAGGAAGACAACCCCCUCGCAGGAUUUUUCGGCGACAGGUCGGAUAAGCCUAGCCCUCCGCCUGAGGGGGAGCACCAGGGCCCGAGGAUACAGGACCAUGAUAAGGGACCUUUGUCAAGCCAGAUGAGCGGUAGCGGGAGCGGCUCUUCGGGGAGUUCGGGGAAGAAUAACCAGAACAACAACAACAACAAUCAGAACGAGCCGAUGUUCGGCAUGAGCAUGCAGAAUAUCACUCUGGCGGCGACGGCUGCUUACCUGGCUUGGUAUUACUAUUCCCCGCAGAGUACAGCGCGGGAGAUCACUUGGCAAGAAUUCCACUCCGCCUUCCUUUCCAAAGGCCUGGUCGACAAGCUCGUCGUCGUCAACCGCUCCCGUGUCCGGAUCUAUCUUACCAGCAAUGCCACGGGUACGAUAGCGGACCAUCCCGGAUCUGCGAACUACUAUUUCUCGAUCGGCAGCGUAGAAGCCUUCGAGCGCAGACUGGACGAGGCCCAGGAAGAACUCGGUAUCCCGCAGAGCGAGCGUAUCCCCGUCGCGUACCACGAGGAGAUCAGCGCGUUCAGCACCAUGCUCCACUUUGCACCUACCCUGCUUAUCGCCGGCUUGUUCAUCUAUCUUUCUCGCCGUGCUACGGGAGCCAUGUCUGGCCGCGGGAACGGUGGUACUGGCGGUAUCUUCGGCAUAGGCAAGAGCCGUGCGAAGCUUUAUAACCAGGACAACGACGUCAAAGUGCGAUUCAAGGACGUAGCAGGGAUGGACGAAGCGAAAGAAGAGAUCAUGGAAUUUGUUAACUUCCUCAAAGACCCGCAAAAGUACGAAAAACUCGGCGCUAAAAUUCCCCGUGGGGCGAUCCUCUCCGGCCCUCCAGGAACAGGUAAGACCCUGCUCGCUAAGGCCACCGCUGGCGAGGCGAACGUGCCCUUCCUCUCUGUCUCCGGCUCCGAGUUCGUAGAGAUGUUCGUCGGUGUCGGCCCUUCCCGUGUGCGAGACCUCUUCGCCUCGGCGCGGAAGCACGCUCCCUGCAUCAUCUUCAUCGACGAGAUUGACGCUAUCGGCAAGUCGCGUGGCAAAGGCGGCAACUUUGGAGGAAACGACGAGAGGGAAAGCACGCUCAAUCAGCUCCUGGUGGAGAUGGACGGAUUUGGAACACACGAACAUGUUGUCGUCCUCGCCGGUACAAACAGGCCUGACGUGCUCGACCGCGCCCUCAUGCGUCCCGGAAGGUUCGACAGACAUAUUCAAGUCGACGCACCUGAUAUUGGCGGCCGGCAGCAGAUAUUCAUGGUCCAUCUUCGCCCGCUCAAGCUUUCCCCAGAACUGGAAAAGGACCGUAAUGCCCUGGCGCAGAAACUCGCCGUCCUCACACCCGGCUUCUCAGGUGCCGACAUCGCCAAUGUGACAAAUGAAGCAGCGCUCCACGCAGCAAGGCAUAAUCAUGCCACGGUCGAGGACAGGGACUUUGACAGUGCGAUCGAGAGGGUCAUCGCUGGCUUGGAGAGGAAGAGCAGGGUCUUGGCCCCGGAUGAGAAGAAGACCGUUGCGUAUCAUGAGGCUGGGCACGCCGUGUGCGGCUGGUUCUUGGAACAUGCGGACCCGCUGUUGAAGGUCAGCAUCAUCCCGCGCGGUGUUGGUGCUCUCGGUUAUGCGCAGUAUCUCCCUAAAGAACGAUUUCUGCAUACGACCGAACAGCUCUUGGAUAGGAUGUGCAUGACCCUUGGGGGAAGGGUGAGCGAGGAGAUCUUCUUCGGCAGGAUCACCACGGGCGCGCAGGACGACCUGCAGAAGAUCACGAAGAUGGCCUUCGAAGUGUGCGCUAACUACGGAAUGAACCCCGUCAUCGGCCCUGUCUCAUAUGGCGGCGCCCGUGGUCGCGAGGACUCGUUCACAAAGCCCUGGAGCGAGAAAACGGGCGAGAUGCUGGAUGCCGAAGUGCGCAAGAUGAUCACCCAGGCGCAUGUGCGGACACGGGAGCUGUUGACCGAGAAGAAGGACGCGGUCGUCAAGGUUGCGCAGCUGUUGCUGCAGAAGGAGGUUUUGACGAGGGAGGACAUGAUAAACCUCCUUGGGAAGCGGCCGUUCAAGGACAAGGCUGACGAGAUGGACGUCUGGUUAGACGAGCACGGGAAAGGUGACGCCUUCCCCCCGCCCGGACCGGGAAGCUUGCCCUUACCCGACGGUGACCUGCACACACCCGGGGAACACCCCGCACCAACAGUUGCCGCACGGGCUCUGACAGCCAAGCUUAGGCCGCUCGAAGUUCGUUAUCAGCGCUCUUUGGACCUGUUCAGACGGUAGUGGAGGAUCCUCGCGAAGGAAGAGAAUGGGAAGCAUCCUAAACGCACGGCUCUUGUAUUCUAGCCAAUCUAUAUAUACGUACUUGAAACG